ACUGUCGUUUAAAAACAUUAUCCAAGGUACGUUUCCGCGUAACGUUCGUUGUCAUAACUGGGAGUCGUGGAGUUUAACAUCAAGGAAUCAUGUGAUCUUUUAUUUUUUCAGUGUCAUUUUAAAGCAAGAUGUACCUGAUGAAAAGUGCAUCGUCACUGUUCUUAAAAAAAAAUAAUGGAAUUUCCUAGACAUGUAACAAGCAAUCAUUUUGCCAUACGACAGCAAAAAAAUAAUCAGCUGAUUUCUAACGUCACCGUGAAAACGUACCUUGAUUAUUUAACGCAGCUGAAGUUAAUUAAACAACUUCAAUGCGGUGUUAAAAUUUGUAUGUAAAUGGUAUACCAUUUAACCUGAUGUUUUGGUAUAUUACAAGAGAAAAUUGCGAUCUCUGCAACAAACAGGGUAUUUUAAAUUCAAUGUUCGGUAAAAGAAAGAAGGUUCGUUAAAUGUGCGCUGCGAAUUCACCAUGUCGAUCACCACCGCGAUCUGGAUCCCCUAGUAAAGGCAACCCGGACUAUAGGUUUCCUCAACAGCAACCACCGCAACCUCCUCCUCCUCCCCCUUAUGUGUAUUACCCUCCACCUUACCCUCCAUACAAUCCUUACGCACCUUAUCACCCAGGAGCAUUUUACUCGUCACCCUAUUGUAACGAUGUAACGCAAGAAUCAAAGGGUUUAUCCUGGAUCAGUAUAUUCUUAAUCAUUUUUCUGCUGUUGGGCAUCGGUAGCGUUAUAUUUUAUCUAUCCCGUGAUACUCGACGAAGAAUAAACGCUGGAUUGCCCACCUUAAUACAGCCAGCACAGGAUUAUAAUCGUGGGGAGAGAGUUCUUUAAACCGUAUUCGCGUGUUGCUGACCACGCAACCGCUAAAAAAAGGUGAUCUUU